AUGACUUCCAAGGAUGCUCCUCAUGACAACUUCACAGUGCUCGUCGGUGUCAUCGGUGGUAGUGGGCUAUACCAUCUUGAUAACCUGACUUUCGUCGAGAAAGUCAACCCAGAGACUCCUUGGGGAUACCCAUCUUCACCCAUCACCAUUUGUUCGCUACCUUCAGGAUCAAAGAUCGCCUUCCUGGCUCGUCACGGGCAUCACCAUUCAAUUGCGCCUUCAGCAGUCCCUUCUCGCGCUAACAUCGCAGCUUUGAAGUCCUUGGGAGUCCGGGUUAUUCUCGCAUUCAGUGCUGAGAUCGCCCCGGGAUCUUUUGCCAUCCCUACUCAGAUCAUUGAUCGCACCAAGGGCAUACGUCCAGCCAGCUUCUUUGAGGGCCUGAAGAUAGUCGCUCAUGCUGCAUUUGGUGAUCCGUAUAGCGUGAAGUUGGUCCGCUGGCUGGAGGUAAGAGUAGAGAAGGCUCUUGCAGAUGAAGGUAGAGGAGUGGCUCUCCAUAAGGACAAGUGCAUCGUUUGCAUGGAAGGUCCUCAGUUCUCCACUAGGGCGGAGAGUAUCAUGUAUCGAGCGUGGGGUGGGGAUCUUAUCAACAUGAGUGCUUUGCCUGAGGCCAAGUUAGCUCGUGAGGCGGAAUUGAGCUAUGCCUUAAUCGCAACUGCCACAGACUAUGAUUCAUGGCGUCCCCAUUCGGAGGCAGUCACUGCCGCGGAAGUAUUCAAGACCUUGCAGGAUAAUGCUAAUACAUCAAGGCACGUUGCAGCUGCUGUUCUUGAAGACCUUCACGCUGCCGCGUUAGAUGGAGACAUUCUGACUGAAGACAAGGGCAGUAUGCGUUUCUCUAUCAUGCCAAGAGUUGGCGAACAAGACCAGGAGGAUAUCAAGAAGCUGGCCUUCAUACUACCUGACUACUUCACGCCAGACAAUGUUGCUAACUAG